CGUAUUAGGAGCCGUGCCUCUUUCAUUAAAGUGGAGUUGGGAAAUGUGAGACCGCCCCCUUUCAGGAGUCAAAAAAAAGGAGAGCGAGAGAGAGAGAGAGAGAGAGAGAGAGAGAGCGAGGAGGGAGAGGAAAUCGAUUAUUUCAGCCUUGAUCGAGGGGAGAGGGUUUAGGGAAAUAAGAGUCGGGCGAGAGGAUUGUGGGAAGGAACAGAAAGAGCUUCUCAACAUCAACAUCAGCGACGACCUCAGUCUAUAGCAGCCAGCUGAAGACAGCGCCGACGAGACACUGCUCCACACUCCAUCCACCGGCUCCACGAGAGAGAGAGAGCGCGAGAAAGAGAGAGAGAGAGAGAGAGUUUUCUCUGACAUUAUAGAGACUCCUACCUCCUCCUGUAGGUCACUUUUUUCUCCCCCUCCCGUGCGUCGUCCUCCUGCUAAGUUGCGCUCCUGGAUUUUAAGUGCGUCUUGGUGAAAAGUCCACCAGCAUCACGCGCACGCAGCGGCUGCAGAUCUUCCUCCUGUCAAAAUCGGACGGGUAUCCCCCCCCGACCCCCCCGACCCCCCCCAACCCGACCCACAAAACACAGCCGGCGCGCGGACCUGCUCGCUUGUUGUCGUCGUUCGACCUCCAGAAUCCCCGGCGGACACGGUUUUUCGUGCGCAAAGAAACGACCAAACAAAAAGUACAGAUGCUGCAAUCUUUGAGUUGAUUGGAACAAAAAGAAAGCAGAGAAGAGACAGAUAAAGGACGAGCAGAAGAGUGAAGAGAGAGAGAAGAAGAGCAAAAAAGAAGAAGAAAGGGCACGGGGAAGAAGAAGGCAAAGUUUUUUUCAGAAAGAGGAGAGAAAGAAAGAGACGGGGACGAUGGGGAGGAAAAAGAUUCAGAUCACGCGGAUUAUGGAUGAACGCAACAGACAGGUGACAUUCACAAAGCGAAAGUUUGGCCUGAUGAAGAAGGCGUACGAGCUGAGCGUGCUGUGUGACUGCGAGAUCGCCCUGAUCAUCUUCAACAGCACCAACAAGCUGUUCCAGUACGCCAGCACAGACAUGGACAAAGUCCUGCUUAAAUACACCGAGUACAACGAGCCCCACGAGAGCAGGACCAACUCUGAUAUUGUGGAGACGUUGAGAAAGAAGGGCCUAAAUGGCUGCGACAGCCCAGACCCCGACGCGGACGACUCGGUCGGCCAUAGCCCCGAGUCCGAGGACAAGUACAGGAAAAUAAACGAGGACAUUGACCUGAUGAUCAGCAGACAGAGACUGUGUGCAUUGAGCAAGAAGGAGAACAAAGGUGGCGAGAGCCCGGAGCUCGAGUCGGCUCUCAUCCUCACGCCACGCACUGAGGAGAAAUACAAACAGAUUAACGAAGAGUUUGAUCACAUGAUCAAAACUCAUAAGAUACCUCAGGCCGUCCCCCCAUCAAACUACGACAUGCCCGUGUCCAUUCCUGUUAGCAACCAGAACAAUCUCAUCUACAGCCAUCCCGGAGGUUCCCUAGGCAACCACAACCUGUUGCCACUGGCGCACCACGGCCUACAGAGAAACAGCAUGUCUCCUGGAGUUACACACAGACCUCCCAGUGCAGGUGGCCUCAUGGGUGCUGACCUCACCACUGGCGCAGGCACCAGUGCUGGAAACGGAUAUGGAAACCACCGCAACUCGCCUGGUCUGCUGGUCUCUCCGGGUGGCAUGAACAAGAACAUGCAGCCAAAGUCUCCCCCACCGAUGAACCUCGGCAUGAACAACCGCAAGCCCGACCUACGCGUGCUCAUCCCUCCUGGCGCCAAGAACAACAUGCCCUCCAUUUCCGAGGAUGUCGAUCUGCUGCUGAACCAGAGAAUAAACAACUCGCAGUCGGCACAGUCACUCGCCACCCCAGUGGUAUCAGUAGCAACUCCCACUCUGCCAGGACAAGGCAUGGGCGGUUACCCAUCUGCCAUCUCUACAUCUUAUGGUACCGAGUAUUCCCUGAAUAGUGCAGAUCUGUCCUCCCUGUCUGGCUACAACAGUGGCAGCUCCCUUCACCUGGGCUCCAUGAGUGGCUGGCAACAGCAACACCUUCAGAACAUGCAGCAUUCAGCCCUCGGCCAGCUCGGAAAUUGCUCUAGCUCUCACUUGUGUCAGGGUUCAAAUCUCUCGCUGCCCUCUGCUCAGAGCCUGCACAUCAAGUCCGAACCUGUUUCUCCUCCUAGAGAUCGCACCAGCAGCACGUCGGGGGGCUACGGCGGCGGCGUGCCGCCUCCCCAGAACGCCUCGUCCCGCCAGGACUCGGGGCGCUCUCCCGUCGACAGCCUGAGCAGCUGUAGCAGCUCCCACGAGGGCAGCGACCGCGACGAGCACAGGAACGAGUUCCACUCGCCUCUGGGACUGUCCCGGCCCGCGCUUGACGAACGCGAGAGCCCGUCCAUCAAGCGGGUGCGCCUGUCAGAAGGAUGGGCAACAUGAUAGCACUGUCUUCUCCCCCCUCCUCCCCCCCCACGGUGCCCCAACAACGCAUUGUCACAGUGCCCCAAAGUCACUCACUCACUGCCCGACCCCACGGCCUCGCUCCUUCUAUCUCUUCAACGCUGAAGGAAAGAAAAGGGAACGCCCCUUUUUAUGAAUCUGUUUGUAAUUCUUUUGAUUUUUCAUUUUCCUUUUUUUUCCGAGUGCGUGUGAGUGUGCGUGCGUGUGCUAUACAUAUUGACAUUAUAUAAUGCAGUGGGG